GAUCAAUUGCAAAGUCUUUGCACUAUUUCGGAUGAUCCACAGGUAAUUCCUAAUGUAGAUAGUGAAGGAAUGUUAGAAGAUAAAAAGAUUGAGGUUGAAGCAAAACCAAGGUCCAUUUCCCCUCCUGGUGCUGGACAGAAAGUAUAUGAAAUAGAUCCAUUAUUGUUGGGCUUUCGUGACCAUAUUGAUUACCGGUAUGCACAAUACAAAAGAAUGCGUGCGGACAUUGACAAGUAUGAAGGUGGCUUGGAGGUGUUUUCUCGAGGCUAUGAGAAGCUUGGCUUCAUUCGCAGUGAGACAGGAAUAACUUACAGGGAGUGGGCUCCAGGAGCUAAGUCAGCUGCAUUGAUUGGAGAUUUUAACAAUUGGAACCCUAAUGCAGAUAUUAUGAGCCAGAAUGAGUUUGGUGUCUGGGAGAUCUUUUUGCCUAAUAAUGCUGAUGGUUCACCAGCAAUUCCCCAUGGUUCUCAAGUGAAGAUUUGUAUGGAAACUCGAUCUGGGAUUAAGGAUUCCAUUCCUGCUUGGAUCAAGUUCUCUGUUCAAGCACCAGGUGGAAUCUCAUACACUGGAAUAUACUAUGAUCCGCCGGAAGAGGAAAAAUACGUAUUCAAACACCCCCAUCCAAAAAGACCAAAAUCAGUUAGAAUUUACGAGUCACAUGUUGGAAUGAGUAGCACGGAUCCAAAAAUUAAUACAUAUGCCAACUUUAGAGAUGAUGUGCUUCCCCGCAUUAAGAGACUUGGAUAUAAUGCGGUUCAGAUCAUGGCUAUUCAAGAGCACUCAUAUUACGCUAGCUUUGGGUACCAUGUGACAAAUUUCUUUGCACCGAGCAGCCGCUUUGGAACCCCAGAUGAUCUUAAGUCACUGAUAGACAGGGCUCAUGAGUUGGGUCUGUUUGUUCUUAUGGAUAUUGUGCACAGCCAUGCAUCUAAUAAUGUUUUGGAUGGGUUGAACAUGUUUGAUGGAACUGAUUCUCAUUACUUCCACUCUGGGUCAAAGGGCCACCACUGGAUGUGGGAUUCUCGCCUUUUUAAUUACGGAAGCUGGGAAGUGGUCAGGUUUCUUCUUUCAAAUGCAAGAUGGUGGCUGGAAGAAUACAAGUUUGAUGGUUUCAGAUUUGAUGGUGUGACUUCAAUGAUGUACACCCAUCAUGGGUUGCAGGUAACGUUUACAGGAAAUUACAAUGAGUACUUUGGAUUUGCAACUGAUGUAGAUGCUGUCAUUUAUCUGAUGCUGGUUAAUGAUAUGAUUCACGGGCUCUAUCCUGAGGCUGUCACCAUCGGUGAAGAUGUAAGUGGAAUGCCUACAUUCUGCCUUCCUGUGCAAGAUGGUGGUGUGGGAUUUGAUUACCGUCUACACAUGGCCGUUGCUGAUAAAUGGAUUGAGCUUCUCAAGAAGAGGGAUGAAGAAUGGCAAAUGGGCGAUAUUAUUCACACACUCACCAACAGGAGGUGGUUGGAAAAGUGUGUCUAUGCUGAAAGCCAUGACCAAGCUCUAGUUGGUGAUAAAACAAUAGCGUUCUGGUUGAUGGAUAAGGAUAUGUAUGAUUUUAUGGCUCUAGAUAAACCGAGUACACCACUUAUAGAUCGUGGAAUAGCAUUACACAAAAUGAUUAGGCUUAUUACCAUGGGACUAGGUGGAGAAGGAUAUUUGAAUUUCAUGGGAAAUGAAUUUGGACAUCCUGAGUGGAUCGAUUUUCCAAGGGGAGAGCAGCGUCUUCAUAGUGGCAAAGUAAUUCCUGGGAAUAAUUUCAGUUAUGAUAAAUGUCGGCGCAGAUUCGAUCUUGGAGAUGCAGGUAAUCUUAGGUAUCAUGGGAUGCAAGAAUUUGACAAGGCAAUGCAACAUGUUGAAGAUAAGUAUGGCUUCAUGACUUCCGAGCACCAAUAUAUAUCACGGAAGGAUGAAGGAGAUCGAAUAAUUGUUUUCGAAAGAGGGAAUCUGGUUUUCGUGUUCAACUUUCACUGGCAUGAAAGCUACUUUGAUUACCGUGUUGGUUGUCUAUGGCCUGGAAAAUAUAAGAUUGUAUUGGAUUCAGAUGAUCCAUUAUUUGGAGGCUUCAACAGGCUUAAACAUGAUGUUGAGUACUUCAGCAGUGAAGGAUUGUACGAUGACCGCCCUCGUUCUUUAUUGGUAUAUGCACCGUGUCGAACAGCGGUGGUUUAUGCACUAGUUGAAGAUGAACGAAAACCGAUUGGAAAAUUGCAACCGGCAGAAAACAUUAAAGCUGUUGAAGAAGCUGUGGAAGAAUCAAAACCUUUAGACUGCUAAACUUUUCUCCAUCUG